AUGUUUGACCUAGCGUUUGAGCCCAGAAAAGCAAUCAAAGGUCAAGCCUUAGCUGAUUUCAUCGCAGAGUUUACUCGGCCUACGGUGGAAUCCGUCCAUGAUCCAGCAGAGGGAAGGCGACAAUGGACGCUCAUGGUUGAUGGAUCGUCCACCGCCAAUGGUUGCGGGGCUGGUAUAAUCUUCCAAUCACUAGAGGGGGAUAGAUUUGAGUAUGCAAUCAUAUUUCAGUUCCAGGCAUCAAACAACGAAGCAGAGUACGGAGCGCUGCUAGCCAGCAUUAGAAUGUGCAAAGCGGAUGGAGCCUUGGAAAUAAAGGCAAAGACGGAUUCCCUGUUGGUUGUUAGUCAAGUAAAUGGCGACUUCGAAUGUAAGGAGGCGUCCAUGAGUAAAUAUAUGAAGCUGAUUCAGGAAGAGAUAAAAACAUUGAAGCCAUUUGUGCUCGACCAGAUUCCAAGGUAUGAGAAUCAUCAAGUUGAUGCUCUCUCAAAACUAGCCAGCUCGGCCGAAGGGGAUGUGCGGCGAACUGUAUUUUGGGAGGUAAAGCCGGCAAAGAUUAUUGAUCAAGAGCAAGUUAUGUUCCUCAACCGAGAAAAUGUUUGGAUGGAUCCCAUCAUUGAUUACAAGAAAACUGGACGCCUACCCUCAUAUCCCUUGGAAGUCAAGGAGGACGGGUUGGAUGUCUUGAAAGAAUUACAUGAAGGAGCUUGUGCCUCUCACAUUAGGGGAAGAGCAUUAGGAGAGAAGGCUUUAAGGACAGGGUAUUAUUGGCCCACCUUAAAGGAAGACGCUUUGGUCUAUGCAAAGAAGUGUGAUAGCUGUCAGAAGCAUGACAACAUGUAUCAAAAGCCGUCCAAUUAUCUGAAUCCAAUUCUUUUCCCCCUUCCCGUCGCCAAAUUUCUUGUAGCGGUCGGUCAGAAGAAAUUUGUGAUAGUAGCAGUAUACUACUUCACUAAAUGGGUUGAGGUUGAGGCUAUGAGAGGGAUCACCACUAAUGAUGUAAAGGAGUUUAUCUGGAAGAACAUCAUUAUAAGAUUUGGUUUGCCUCAGUCUAUUGUCUUUGACAACGGACCGCAGUUUGAGACGCCUAAGCGCAAAGAAUGGCUGGCCGAUCAGGACAUUAAAGCUCACUUUACUAUUGUUGCUCAUCCUCAAGCAAAUGGGCAGGUAGAAGCCUUCAACAAGAUCCUCUCAAAUGGCAUAAAAAAGAAGUUGGACAAUGUCAAGGGAUUAUGGGUAGAAGAGUUACAAAGAAUUACUCUGCGAGUCAUGCUGUAUUCAGAACACGCCAACUGGGCUGCUCUUCGCACGGCCCUGGAUCAGGUUCCUGAAGUCAGGGGCAAUGCUCUACUAAGAAUGCAGCUGUAUAAGCUGCGAAUGGCUCGAGAGUUUAACAAAAGAGUGGUCAGGCGGCCAUUGAAGGUGGGGGAUCUUGUCCUGAGGAAAAUGGAAGCGGUUGGCCGGGGUAAAGAAAUGGGUAAGCUCACACCGAACUGGGAAGGACCUUACAAGAUUAUCCAAGAAGUUUAA